AGAGAUCUUGAUGUUUGACAUGUCUGUUGACGCAGGCUUAAAGCCCAAUUUCGCAUCAUAUCAACGUGUGAUUUUGCCUUUUCUAGCUCUUUUAACACGCAAGGCAAUUUCAGAUUGUACACUUGAGCGGUACCUUAAUGCCAUUUACUCAGCUGUAUAUAUUCACCGCAAUGAUAUCGAAGAUCGAGAAACCAAUAAAACUGAAUUGAUCAACGAUGAUAAAAAUUUAUUCAUUCCUACCUC